UAUGGCGCCACGCUUGUAGCGUUUUUAGCCCUCAGUUGCCGUCUAGUAGGUUGGGUGCGAUCUCGCGAGAUGUGAGCUGUCAUGCUGGUGACCGCUGUACGGUGUGUGUUCUGUAGUGCCCUAAGGUCUCCCCGAAACUUUGCGGGGAAACUGAAUUCAGAUGGUUUGCGUUUGGUUAUAGCAGGGCGCAGGCCCUUGAGUAGCCAUGUGGGCCCAGUCAGUGAAACACGUCGCGCGUCGAGCUUGGAGAAAGUAACUUGUAGCGAGUCAUGGACGAAUUAUCUGAGGCACCUGGAGAAACGGGGUGCCGCCAAUGGAGACCUAAUGUCCUUAGCGGAGGCUCCGGGCUCUGACAGGAUGAAGAGAUGGGAACUGCAUCGGGUCGUCCCUGUUAUCCAGGAGCUUAGGGCCAAGGAGAAGGAGCUGGAAGACCUGCAGCAGCUCCUUGCAGAUGAAAAUGAAGAUUUAAAGGCCCUUGUCAAUACAGAAAUAACAUUGUGUCAAGAUGAGAUAAACCAACUAAAAAAUAAGAUCGCCUGGCUUUUAAUACAGAGCGAGGAAGUAGAUGACGGCGACCUCAUCAUGGAAGUAACAGCAGGUGUAGGUGGACAGGAGGCCAUGCUCUUUACUGCAGAGAUCUUUGAUAUGUACCAGCGUUACGCCUGCCAUAAGACGUGGAGCUUUGAUAUACUGGAAUAUUACACCAGUGAUAUAGGUGGUCUGCGACAUGCAACAGCCAGCAUAAGAGGCCAUGAUGCCUACAAGCAUUUGAAAUUUGAAGGAGGGGUACAUAGGGUCCAACGUGUGCCAAAGACUGAGAAACAAGGCCGAAUUCAUACAAGCACAAUGACUGUCGCUAUAUUGCCUCAACCAAGUGAGAUCAGUUUAAUAAUUAAUCCCAAAGAUUUACGCAUUGAAACAAAAAGAGCAAGUGGAGCCGGUGGACAGCAUGUCAAUACAACUGACAGUGCAGUACGGAUUGUACACAUACCAACAGGCGUAGUGUCUGAAUGCCAGCAGGAGAGAUCCCAACUCAAAAACCGAGAGAAAGCAAUGCAGGUACUCCGUGCAAAAUUAUACAGCAUGAAGCUGGAAGAAGAGACUAGUAAAAGAUACAAUGCAAGAAAAAUCCAGAUUGGUACUAGAGGAAGAUCAGAGAAAAUCCGUACAUAUAACUUUCCUCAAGACCGUGUUACAGACCAUCGAAUCGGCAAAUCUUUACAUGACAUUGACGGAUUUUUAUUUGGUGAAGAACUUUUAGAUGAAAUGAUUCUAUCCCUCAGCGAGUUUUCAGACUGUGAAUCUCUGCUUGAAAUUAUUGAAGACUCGUCUACAGAUCAUAAAUAAAUUCCCAUGACUGGACUCCGUUUUUCCCUGUGCACAGUCCUUCUUUCUGUUGGUGGUAUAUUUAUUUUGGAUGUAGGGGUACCUGGUAACAUGUACUAUUCUUAUUAGAAGAGCAGGAAAACAA